AUGGGUUACUCCAAAAACCUAGGGGCUGGCCUGUUUGCCAUGCUGCUCCUUGCUCCGGCCGUCCUGGCCUCCGACCCCGACCCUCUCCAGGACUUCUGCGUUGCUGACCUCGACGGGAAGGCAGUCUCUAUGAACGGGCAUCCAUGCAAGCCCAUGUCGGAGGCCGGUGACGACUUCCUCUUCUCGUCCAAGCUGGCCAAGGCCGGCAACACGUCCACCCCGAAUGGCUCGGCCGUGACGGAGCUCGACGUGGCCGAGUGGCCCGGUACGAACACGCUGGGUGUGUCCAUGAACCGCGUGGACUUCGCGCCGGGAGGCACCAACCCGCCGCACGUCCACCCGCGCGGGACCGAGAUCGGCAUGGUGAUGAAAGGUGAGCUCCUCGUUGGAAUCCUCGGCAGCCUCGACUCCGGAAACAAGCUCUACUCCAGGGUGGUGCGUGCUGGAGAGACAUUCCUCAUCCCGCGCGGGCUCAUGCACUUCCAGUUCAACGUUGGUAAGACGGAGGCCUACAUGGUUGUCUCCUUCAACAGCCAGAACCCCGGCAUCGUUUUCGUGCCGCUCACGCUCUUCGGUUCCAACCCGCCAAUCCCCACGCCGGUGCUCACCAAGGCGCUAAGGGUGGAGGCCGGGGUCGUCGAACUUCUCAAGUCCAAGUUCGCUGGUGGGUUGGAUCUUCUGACAAAAGAUGAUACACAAUGA